AUGAAUGCCCCGAGGAUACUCAGCAGAGUGGCGUUCCGCCGCUCCUGCACGGCUUUGCAGUGCGCCUCUGCCCGUCGCGCCUACAGCAGCCCUUCUUUCCAGUCAUACCCCCUCUACUCAAACAACACACUUCCUCCAGCGAGAGGAGACGGCAUUCCCGAGAGCUCGAUUGCGUCGUCGGAUCCUCUGCCGAAGGUCAACGAGACGAGGCCCCCCAAGAUCGCCUCUCAAAUAGCAACCCACCAACAAUCCCCGACAACGAGCACUCGUCCUUCUACCUCCGCCACACAGUCCCCAACGACAACGACAACGACGACAGCAUCCACAUCCUCAACAGCCUCAAAGGCCUCCACGACGUCAUCGACAGCAACCACCGCUGCCGCCGCCGCCACCGCGCCAAAGGUCUCUGAACAAGCAGCCCAGACCCCCAAGCCAGUCGCCCGUCCGCAGCGCAAGCUCCGCGCGCGCAAGGCCGCGAUGAAACUCAGCCCCGCGGCCGUGGAGCAGCUGCGCGCGAUGCUAGAUCAGCCGGAGCCGAAGCUGAUCAAGGUCGGCGUGCGGAACAGGGGCUGCUCAGGCCUGGCGUACCAUCUCGAGUACGUCGAGAAGCCCGGCAGCUUUGACGAGGAGGUUGUGCAGGACGGCGUCAAGGUGCUGAUUGACAGCAAGGCGCUGUUCAGCAUCAUUGGCAGCGAGAUGGACUGGGUCGAGGAUAAGCUUAGCCAGCGGUUCGUGUUCAAGAACCCGAAUAUCAAGGAGCAGUGUGGCUGUGGCGAGUCUUUCAUGAAACGCCAAGCGGUGGACGGCAUGGGCAUCACCCCAGGCUACGGCGUCUUGUACAUCACGGCUCCAUUCCGAGCACUUUGA